GACGUUGAGUUGAGAUUCGAGCAUGCGCGUACGCUCCCUAAACGCUAACGUUUGUAUCUUCUUAUUCUUGUCGACUGUCUACCGCUGUCGCGGUUCGCUAGGCGACAAGUCGUGGGUCUACAACGAGUGUCUGUCUAGUUGCCUGUCAUUGUCACAGUGCGACAGCGACGCUCCUCGACGUCCAAACGAAUGGACACUCUCACUGAUGAGAUGGACAUGCGACGAUGACUGUCGGUAUGACUGCAUGCAUCAAGUCACUGCAGACAACAUCCGGUAUGGCCGCCCGGUCGUCCAGUUCUACGGCAAAUGGCCGUUUGUCCGAGUGCUGGGCGCCCAAGAGAUCGCAUCUGCAGUCUUCUCCGCUGCUAACGGACUUGCUGCACUCGUGUGUUUGAGAGAUUAUCGUCGGCGCGUUUCUAGACGUUACAAACUCUACUGGUUGUGGCACGUCAACUCUGCCGUCUCGGUGCAUGCUUGGUUUUGGUCGACAGUCUUUCACUGCAGAGACUGGCCUCUCAGUGAACACAUGGACUACUUCUGUGCGACAUCCUUAACAGUCGUGCAGAUGUUCUGCCAACAGGUGAGGAUAUGGGGAGGACGGUCACCAUUUCGAAGUUGGAAGAUGAUUGCCUUGGGACUAUUUGAUGGCCUCGUGUUUGCUGGUCACGUUUCGUACAUGAGCUUUGUGUCGUUUGAUUAUGGCUACAAUCUUGCAUUCAAUAUCUCAUUGGGCGUCAUGAUGGCGGCGACGUGGAUGAUCUGGUGCUACCAGAACUAUCAGGAACGACCAUAUGUUUGGAAAUGUUGUCUGUUCUUGGUUCUUCUUUCUGCUGCAAUGGCUUUGGAAAUCAAUGAUUUUCCACCUUGGUGGGGUUUGUUUGAUGCACACAGUUUGUGGCAUUUGGCUACUGUUCCGUUGACAUUUCUUUGGUACAGCUUUUUAGUAGACGAUGGUGUGUAUGAAUGUAGGGACAAAUUUUCAUAAUUAAUUGAGUGCUUAUUGUGGUAUGAUUUGCUUGACUAGGAGGAUUAUUAGAGAUGGGC